AUGGCUGCCGCCACCAUCAACAGCAAUCUUCAAGCACAAUCCGAGUCUUCGUCGGAAAGGCAAAAGCAGAAACAUGUUCCCAGUGCUUCUACCGUGCCCAAGUUGGAUGGUCACUCUGCGACCACCAAUGGCCUGGAGAGUAUUGAUAGCCCGUACCUCAAGGACCUCCAAAGGAGCUUGCGCAAUGCGAACAAAAAGCUGAAUGCCACCACCAAGGUCGAUGCCAUCAUUGCUGAAAACCCCGGGAAAUCACUGGACGAACUCGUGGCGGAAAAGAAGAUUAACGCCGAUCAGAAGGCACAAGCGGAGAAGAAACCCGCCCUCCAAGCCAGUGUCGCUCAGAUCGAGGAGCAGAUCGCCCAUUACAAAGAAUUCGCCACUCAGUAUGAGCAGCGCCUGGCCAGUCAGAAAGCCGAGCUGGAAAAGGCUCACCAGGAGGAACUGAGCGCGGUCCGGGAGAAGGCGAUUUUCGAGGCGAGCGAAGCUGGCCAGAAGGACUUGCGGCUGCGGCUGCUAACUCUGAGCAAGUUCCUUUGCGCUGCGGCUACUAUGAGACGCUCCGGCGACGAAACAUCUAGUGUGACGCGCGCAUUUGAGGGCGUGCUCUACCAGGUCUAUGCAGGGUCGCACGAUGCCGUGACGUCUAUGCUCAAGGUGAUCGAUGGUGUGGAUGAGCUGGUGGUCAGCGUCGAAGGGGAAACACUCGACGUCACCUAUGGCAAGGUGAAGCAGACUUCCGAAGAACAAACCCCUACGACGGAAGAAGUCACAGCCGAUGUUGCUCCCGCGUCCGAUUCAGCGUUGGUGAAUGCGGGUUACACUGAAUUACAAGAGUCUACCUACAGCACUAGUGCUGCGGCCGCGAACGAGCCUGAACCUGCCGGCACCCCCUCCGAGCAGAUUGCUCCCCCGGCUCAGACCAUGGUGUCCGACGCGGCGAACGCUGUCGCGGAGGCCAACUGGGAUGCCACCGCCGGGUCUCUCACCUCGUCUGCAGUUACGGAGAGCUGGGUGGAGGUGCCACGCGAUCCGGCGGAGACCGACACUGGCCUCGAAGCGACCCCUGCGGCUGUCAAUGCUGAUGCGCGGAACUCACCCGCGGCGGAGGCCACCACCCCCAACGAGGAGGAUGGCUCGGCUCCCAAGGCCCAACAGGGUGACGCUGCAGAAGGAACGGGGCAUCAUCAGCGACAGCAUAGCGUCCGCGGUCGUGGCCGAGGCGGACGUGGACGAGGAGAUGGCUCCCGGGGGCGCGGUCGUGGUGAAUUCAGAGGCCGUGGGCGUGGAGGUCGUGGAGGUCGUGGACGUGGUGGUCCCAACGGCUCUCCGGCGGCGGCACCUACCGGAGGCCAGUAA